AUGACGGAUUUGAAAAAGACUGCGGAGAGUGGACAUCGUUGUCUGACACCACUUUUUGAACGAGAGCUUUUGGACAAUUCACCAUACACCAUCACCCGCCCAGAAAGUUUACAACUAAGGACAUCGUUGCGCCUCGAAUUCACGUUUACGACACAGCGUCUUGAUGAUCAAGAUGGUCAACGCAGACGUGAGCAAAGCAUAAAGCGGUUUAUUUCCGAGACACGAAAAUGUAUAAAA